AUGGUCAGGACGGUUCCGAACACGAGCUCAAGGAGAACCAUCACUCGCUAUCACCCACAUCUCUCAUCCCCAUCACCAGCCCCUGGUAAUUUGGUCAACAGGAACAACCUCAACCGGUUCUUCGACCAGACUCCCAUCGGCAGAACUUCCCAGAAAACCCCGUCUCAGCACCACCAUCAUCAAGCCUACCCUAGCGCGAGCCCGUCCUUAUCCGCACCAUCAAAUGAUUCCUCUUGCGAUCCCAUACAACCUGCUAAUUAUUCGAUGACGACUCAGAACAGUUCGGCCAAAUCAGUCACCAAAUCUCGGUUCCUUGGGGUCCUGAUUCCAAAAUAUUCCCCUUUGAUCGAAAAGCCAUCAGGACUGAGGAGAAGACACAAAGCCUUGUUAUCAAAGAUGAAUUCAGUUCAUCAAUCGUCCUCCUCACUCAGCAAGCAUCUCAACCAGGCCGUCAGGAAGAGAACUACAGGAAAACCCCGAUCCACUAAGAAAAAACUGAAGAAGACAGAUGUCAGAUCUUAUUCGAUCUGCCAUGACUCGUCGAUUGCGUAUCCAGAAAAUGAAGUCGUGAAUGAAGAGCAAUUCGACGCAAUGCUCAAGUUGAAUGAGGUGGUCGUUGACCAUCAGCGGUUUCGAGAAGGAGACGCGGUAUUUGUGGUACCAGAUGAAGAAGACAUUCCAGAAGACUCCCAGCCCGACCGGUAUUGGUUGGCUCUCAUCAAAGAAAUCAAACAGCGCAGGCCGACUGACUAUCAUCCAUCGGCCCGCGAUCCGGAGCAGAUCUCUCGGUCCGAAGUCUUCUUGAAGGUUGAAUGGUUUUAUAGAAUCGACGAUUUUGAGGAUUCUAUGAAAUCUAAUCCUGUUUUUCGAAAAGUCGUUGAGAAGUUGAAGAAAAUCGGAUUCAGAUCAAAUCAACACAAACUCAAGUCAAACGAUUUCCGAUUCCAAGAUAAAGAAUUGAUAAGAACCGACCACUCGAGUAUCAUCCAUAUCAACAGUCUAGCUGGCCAAGCAGAUGUUUAUAAAUUCGAUGACCAAGUACCGCCUGGUUGUAUAAAACAGCCAGUCUUCACGCGUUGUUGUUGGCAAGUCAAUCAACAAAUUGACGAUGACGAGCUCGAAUCAAUCGGAGUCGAAAACUAUUAUUAUCGCCUCUACUUGCGUUUUCAUCACCAGCCAAAAACACGCCAACAUUCGCGUAAAAAUUCAAAAGGAGCAAAGGGAUUAUUGCAAUCGAUCAAUUUAUUGCCUAACAAUAAGUAUGGAUGUAAGUGUUCGAACCCGUAUGAUCCUCACAAAGGGAUGAUGAUCUUCGAUUUCACGAACACCGAAUGGGUUCAUCUGAGGUGUUUGACAGCCCAAAUGGCGGACGAACAAGGCACCGACAAAACAGGGAUACAUCACAUUGAUCAUCCGGGACAGACACUCAGGGCCCAGAGAAAGCAAGGCCAGGAACAAACCAAUCUCCUUCAAAUCAAAUCAUCCUUGCUUGAACUCCUCAAUUCUUCCCCUUCUACUUCAUCCUCUUAUCCAACCUCAAGCACCCUAUCUCAUUUUUUUAAUAACCAGUUAUGUUGUCUUCUUCGGGGCUCUAAUUAUUCUCUUGCUGGACAAUUCUAUUAA